AGGACUCUUUGCAUAAACAAAUAAAAAAUAAAAAAUCUUAGCCCACAUAGCACGUUUCCCACCUAGUAGUAUAAAUAAGCAGUCCUUGUUUUGCAAGUCUUUGUAUUAUUCAGUCACUCACUCACUCACCAAUUAUUAUUCACUUCACACUACCCAGCUAGCGAUGGCAGAUUCUGUUGAUGUGACUACUCACGAUGUUCUCUCCAUUCUCUCUUCUCCCGGUACACAUUUUCUUCUCAAAAACAACGCUGAUCAGGUUGGAAUUGAUAGUUUGAAGGGGAAGAAAAUCGGUUUCUAUUUUUCAGCUUCAUGGUGUGGUCCGUGUCAAAGAUUCACUCCAAUAUUGGCAGAGGUGUACAAUGAACUCUCUCCAAACGGUGACUUUGAGGUUGUUUUUGUCUCAGCUGAUGAAGAUGAGGAGGCCUUUAAGAAUUACUUUUCCAAGAUGCCGUGGUUGGCUAUACCAUUUUCUGAUACAGAGACACGCAACAGCCUUGAUGAAUUGUUUCAUGUAAAUGGCAUUCCUCAUCUUGCAUUGCUUCAUGAAACUGGGAAAGUUAUUACUGAAGAUGGAGUUGACAUUAUCCGUGAUUAUGGAGCUGAAGGAUACCCUUUCACAUCGGAAAGGGUCCAAGAGUUGAAAGAUCAAGAAGAGGAAGCUAAGAGGAACCAGUCCUUGAGAUCUCUAUUGGUAUCUCGUUCCCGUGACUUUGUGAUAUCAUCCGAUGGAAACAAAAUACCUAUUUCCGAGCUUGAGGGAAAGACAGUUGGUCUGUAUUUCUGUGCAACUUCAUACAGAUCAUGCGCGUUAUUUACUCAAAAGCUUAAGGACGUUUACAAGAAGCUGAAGGAAAAAGGGGAGAACAUCGAGGUUGUGUUUAUACCCUUAGAUGAUGAGGAAGAGUCAUUGAAGAAAGAGUUAGAAAGUUUGCCUUGGUUAUCCUUGCCUAUCAAGGACAAAACCUGUGCAAAACUAAUUCAAUACUUUGAGCUCUCAGAACUCCCGACUUUAGUUAUUAUUGGGCCAGAUGGGAAAACUCUUCAUCCUAAUGUCGCUGAGGCCAUUGAAGAUCAUGGAAUUGAUGCAUAUCCGUUCACUCCUGAAAAGUUUGUCGAACUCGAUGAAAUUGCAAAGGCUAAAGAAGCAACUCAAACUCUUGAGUCAGUUUUGGUGUCUGGGGGUCAAGACUUUGUCAUUAAGAAUGGCGGGGAGAAGAUUCCAGUGUCAGAAUUAGAGGGGAAGACCGUCCUCCUCUACUUCUCAGCCCACUGGUGUCCUCCAUGCCGAGCAUUUCUUCCAAAACUCAUUGAUGCAUACCAUAAGAUUAAGGCACAAGACAAGGACACACUUGAAGUCGUUUUCCUCUCAAGCGACAGAGAUCAAGACUCUUUUGAUGAAUUCUUUGCAGGAAUGCCAUGGUUGGCACUUCCCUUUGGUGAUUCAAGGAAAGAAAUCCUGAGUCGCAAAUUCAAGGUAUCUGGAAUCCCCAUGCUCGUUGCGAUUGGACCAAGUGGCCGGACUGUCACCAAAGAAGCUCGAGAUCUGAUUGGGCUAUAUGGGGCAGAUGCAUAUCCUUUCACUGAGGAGAGAAUUAAAGAAAUAGAGGCAAAAAAUGAUGACAUUGCAAAGGGGUGGCCUGAGAAGGUGACACAUGAAACACAUGAGCACGAGCUUGUAUUAUCGCGCCGUAGGAUUUAUUAUUGUGAUGAUUGCAAUAAAGAGGGACAUAUUUGGUCAUACUUCUGUGAAGAAUGUGACUUUGAUCUCCAUCCAAAUUGUGCACUGGGAGACAAAGGAAGCGUAAAUUCCAAGGAAGAAGAGAAGCCCAACGAUGGAUGGGUUUGUGAUGGAGAUGUCUGCACCAAAGCUUGAACUCUGCUUGUUGUAUUUUGGUGACUACUUUUUAUAGUCAUUUUUGUGUGAUCGUAGUUCUAAUAUGGUUUGUGAUGCAUAAAAUAAUUUGAAUGUUUUGCUAUUGUCAUGUGGAUGAUAUCUUAAAUGUGUGAUUUAAUCUUUUGCAUGAA